AUGAAGACGAGGAAUGAGUCUCUGGAGAAUCAGAUUCGUGAUGCUGUGGGGAAACGCAAGAAAAAAGAAGAGACACUUCUGGUGAGUAUUGCUACUUUCACAACAAAUCUUUACUGUAGAAAGAAGCACGGCAGGUCAACACUCUUUUAGAAGUGGGCAACAAGUGAGUUCUUUCAAAUGGACUUUAACAGCAGCUUAGAAUUGGCUCCCUAUGACCUAAAAGCUUGUGUGUGUUUCCCACAGGAGCGUAUUGAGGGGCUGAAGCUGGAGCUGAAGGUGAUGAAGGAGAAGAUAGCUCUGCUGCUGAGGGAGUACCAGGAGCUGCUCAACGUCAAGAUGGCCCUGGAGAUUGAGAUCACCACCUACAGGUGACCAUCACACCUUCCCCAAUAUUCUAAACAGGCUUCUGCUCCUCUCGCGUCUCAUCUCCUUCUUGAAUAGACAGAAGUGGACAGGUGAAAGCAAAUUCACAGUAGGACUCAUCCAUAUUGCUUUCACCUAUCCUGGGUUUGUCAGAUCUGUGGAGGAGAUGAAAAAGAGAAGAAAAGGAAAGGCAGCAACACAAGUCUUUUGAUACGUUAGUAAGUGUACGUGUGUUUUCUCAUGUCUACUCUGUGGCUGUGCAUUUGGCCGGGCGCUGAUCGAGGGCGAAGACACCCGUCUCAUUACCAUGGUACAGAUCAUGUCUCUGGGUGGCGGAAGAGGGGGCAUGGCCAUCAGUGCUAGCAUGAAUGCUAGCUCUGCCUCUGUUAGCGCUGCCUCUGGGAACAGGUAUGGUGCCGAGCUGGGCGGAGCCCUCAGUAAUGGACGUAAAGGAAAUGGAGGCGACAAAGAGGCCCCUGAUGGGGCGGUAGAGGUGAAAUCAACAGAGAGCCAGACGGAGAGCUACGAGGAACAGUCAGUGGAGAUGACUGAGCGGAAGACUCUUCUCAUCAGGUCGUGCAAGCCUGGGACAUAACCUCAAUCAUAACCUAUGAUCUAUCAAUAAAAUAUGAAAUACCAGUAAUCUGUUUUGUCAUCUGAAAAUAUGCUAAUGGUAGCCAUUUUUGUAUACAUUUAUGUCACCCAGUAUCAUUUUCUCUCAGAACAGUUAAGACAGAAGACAUGUAUGAGAGUGACACACAGGAACGCACCAUUACCAUCUCCGGAGCUGCUGACGACACAGACGAGGAUUAG